GUGACUCAGGAGUUUUGGGUGGAGGUUUCCUGGCCUCUGUAUUGUGGACGGUCCCGGGGCAGUGGGACAGAGGAACUACUGAAACACACAUGACUAUACAACAUGAGCCAAAAUGAGAGUUAGAGAUGGUCCCAGGACGACACAUCCCCACCAAUGGACUGAAGGCACACAUCGACAAAACUGAAGGCAAUCUGAGGUUAAAGUCCGAGCGACUUCCUGAGCCAGUCCCUGAUUGUGGAGGAAAUGCCAUCGACCCUGACCUCAUCAGCUCCCAGCCUCUCCCUGCUGCUGUCCCGGUUCACUCUGCGGUCACUGUAAAGGAACCCCAAAAACACCAGAGCUCCCAGUCCCAGUCCAAAAGCAGACCGAGCUGUCCCCAGUGCGGGCUGCAGAUCCCAGAGCACAAACACCUGAGGGGAGCAGGCGGCUCUAGUGUGUCUGUCCACAGCAAAAACAGCAAGAAGAGUCGCAGCAAAGCAGACAGCACAGCCCAUCUGAACCAACCUGCUGCCAAUACUAACAGAGAUGUGUGUUUUGACCUGCUGCUGUCGUGUCUCUUCUGUCACUGCUCGGCUCUGCUCGUCGGCCUGCUGGAGCUGUGUUCUUCGGGACUCUCCUCUCUGUGUCUGGGUUGCGGGGAGGGCUGCGUUCACUGCUGCUGCUCCGGACAGGGCCCCCCGGUGGAGGAGCUGAGCUGUCACACCCACUGUCACUCGGUCCUGGUCCAGUCCUGUUGUGAGCCCAUAGAGUGUCUGGAGUUCUGCCUCGAGUGCUGCCAGAUAUGCCACAGGAGCUGAGAGGGACACGGCCGCAUACUGAACACAAGAAAGUUGUUUAAACCUCUGUGAAGUCGCACCGAUCAAACACAAACCUACACAGAAACUGUCAGUCGUUCGUGCUGU